UAAUCCAUAAUAGAGGCGAAGAGGAUGGUUGGUUUUCAUGACGUACGAGAACCAAAGAAUCCAUAUCUGCUAAAUAAAAGAAAACGGAUAAUAUAUGCAAAGAUCCCAAAACCAUAACGUACUGUGUGUGUUGUAUGUUGUCUCAAUCUCCCGCUAGCACGAGCAUGGCAGUUCAAGCUAAAACUCUCUCUCUUCUCGGCGUACCGUUCAGAUCAACAGCUUCACAACCUGGAAGAAGGAAGUCUCUUAAACUCAGCUGCAAAUCCAACGGCGAUGACAGCGAGCAAGAUUAUCUCAUAGAUGCUCCAGUUUCAGUUGGCGAUGGCUUUUCCUUCAGCGGAGGAAAAUAUUCGGAUGGCCCGAGCCGAUCAGAUGAAUGGUUUAAGGAAGGGAAGAUAGUGAGAGCUCAUCGUGUUCUUGGUUCUGGUGAGAAGGCCAAAGAUCCCAUUUUUGGACUUAAGAUGGGUUCUGGUUCUCAGGCCCCGGCCGAUACAUUUAGAUGGUUUUGCGUUGAAAGUGGAAGUGCUGAUAAUCCUUCAGUCAUAUUAAUUCACGGUUUACCUUCACAGGCGUACUCUUAUCGUAAAGUUCUUCCUAUACUCUCUAAGGACUAUCGUGCCAUUGCUUUUGACUGGCUAGGUUUUGGAUUUUCAGAUAAGCCUCAACCUGGAUAUGGGUUUGACUAUACUUUGGAUGAAUAUGCAUCAUCCUUGGAGUCUCUUAUAAGUGAACUUGCCACUGGCAAGGUCUCAAUUGUUGUCCAGGGCUACUUCUCCCCAGUUGUGGUUAAGUAUGCUCUCAAUCAUCAGGAGAAGCUCAACGACUUAAUUCUGCUUAAUUCUCCUGAUCCUCUAAGGGCCAGUGAUAAAGCCUUGACAAGUUGUGGUCCUUACAAAAUGAAAGAGGAUGAUGCAAUGGUUUAUAGAAGACCAUAUCUCACAUCUGGUUCAUCUGGUUUUGCACUAAACGCAAUUAGCAGGGCCAUGAAGAAAGAGCUCAAGACCUAUGUGGAGGAUAUGCAGAGAAUACUGACAGAUAAAAAUUGGAAAGUUCCAACAACGGUUUUGUGGGGCCAAAGAGACCGCUGGUUGAGCUAUGAUGGAGUUGAAGAUUUCUGCAAGGAUGCAAACCAUAAGCUUGUAGAAGUACCGACGUUUAAGAAAUGCCAGUGCCAAUCAUGGGUAAGAAGUGGCUUACUUGAGACUCAAGACUUACUGAAAAAGGGAUAUGUUUUGUUUGUGAGGAAUGGUAAGAGCAUUGCCAUUAGGCCUUGGGAUGACCCUUGGCGUUUGCCUGGUUUUAAGCCAAACCCAAAGGAUGAUCCAGUUGAUACAUAUUGAAAUGUAAGCUUGCUGACCUAAUUGGCCCCACUACUUUCUCUUGGAAGGUUGAUUUAAUUUCAAAUGGUUUUGAUGAAGAAUCUGGUGGUACAACUUGAACAUGUACGGAUCUUCCGGCUCAGGAAACUGAUGACUUCCUUAUUUGGGCAACAAAUAGUAAAGGUACUUUGUGGUGGAAUGAUGGAAUCAUUUUUAUCUUACUGAUUACAUGGCAAGCUUUAAAAGCAGCAGAAUCUCAUGACUUCAUUGGAGUGGAAGCACUAAUGUUGACCAGGUUACAGGAUAGGUUGAAUUGUUACUCAACAAUUCAGGAACAUGUCGAUUGUUACAUGGAUAAAAAAAAUAUGCUAUUUCUGAAGGAUAUUCAUGUUUUGAAUAUUAUUUUGUAGGUGAUCUUAUCAUUUGUGCUACAAUUAUUAUGGAUGAUCUGGUGUGGUACCACAGUGCAUUAGGGAUGCUCCACCAACCAAUGCAGUUACUAUGGCGCCAUUAGCCAAAAAUUUGUGUAAUAAACAUUUGCUUGUUUGGGCUGAUAAGGGAAAUGGUUGAAGCCAUGAGGCGAAUCCACCUACUGCUUAUGGAAAAUAAAUCUUGAGGUGGCUGUACGCUAAAAUAUCUGUUAUGGUUGAUGUGUGCGUACUGUAGGGACAACAGAAUGCAGCACUGUUAGCCCACAGAAUUGCUGCUGCAUGCCCUUGGGGUUAAGGAUGUUAUGCUUGAAGAGGUUGCCUAAAGUGGUUUGCAAUGCUAUAUAUUGGUGAUAAGGAAUCUGUCCCGGACUGCAUAUUGCAGACUCGGAGAGACACAAGGGAUUGUUUUUCCAGGUUCAUAAUUCAGGUGAAUCAGGUUGGUUAGUCAAGUGGCCCGAUAUAUGGGAAGGCAAAUCAAACAGCUGAUCUCUUAGUGGCUAAAUGGGCAGCUGAAAAUCGUAGUUUUGGUUGCACUCCGGAGUGUGAUAUCCCAAAACAUGUUGUAAACUAGGAUGAGGUCUUUGAUCCCACGUACCUCAAGUUUUAAUGAAGUCUUGAAUGCAAUAAUUGGGUUAAAAAAAUGGAUUAUUUCCA